CCGUUGCACGUAGAAGGGCGACAUCUUUUGUGUUGAAAUUGCUUUCACAUCAACUUUGUCUUCGAUUCCUUGCGAAGAAGGAGAAAAAAUAACUAAAAUCAAGAUAUGGAUAGCUUGUUUGGAAGAAAACCGAUUUCAAUCGGCGCUUUGAAGGAUUUUUCGAGGCUUGACCAGCCUACACGUCAGCACUUGAAGAAGGUGUAUGGUUGCUUGUCUCUAUCCAUGCUUAUUGCAGCUGUUGGAAGUGGAGUGCAUCUGUUUACAGAUGUAUUGAAGGGUGGAUUUCUGUCAGCCAUUGCUUCCAUUGGCCUUCUGAUUGCAUUGGGCUUGACCCCAUAUGAUGGAAAGAAUCAGAAUAAAAGAAUGGGUAUCCUGAUGGGAUUUGCAUUUUGCACAGGAUUGGGUCUUGGACCUCUGAUGGACAAUGUGAUACAGAUUGAUGCAAGCAUUAUCCCUACUGCUUUCUUUGCCACCACACUGAUCUUUGUCUGCUUCACUUUGAGUGCCCUGUGGGCAGAGGAACGAAAAUUUCUCUAUCUGGGAGGUACUCUCAUGUCUUGCUUGAGCAUGCUCUGUUUCCUGUCGUUGGCCAACCUGUUUCUUGGAGCACGUUUUUUUUUCCAGAUUCAGUUGUAUGGUGGCUUGGUGUUGUUCUGUGGCUUUGUGCUCUAUGACACUCAGCUAAUUGUGCAUAAGCACAAACAAGGAGACAAGGACUUCUUGUGGCACUCCAUUGACUUGUUUUUGGACUUCAUAGAAAUCUUCCGUAGGAUCAUGAUAAUCCUUGCUCAAAAGGAGGAUUCAAAGAAGAAGAGGAACUGAGGAGUCAAUUUUAAAUUUUUGAGAGUGUUAAGCUUUUCAGUACUUUCUUCAGGCUAAUAGACUAGAUGUACAAGAAGUUUAUAUUGCAGCAAUAUAAAGCUGCAGAUUUCAGUUGUAAUGUUAGUAAGCUUUCUGGAUUCUAAAUGUUAACUGAAGUCUGUUGUCAUGUUAAUCAAGUAAUGUUAUAACCGUUAAGAUACUGUGGGCAGCAACAGUAUUAGUAAAAUAACUUAAGGAUUACAAAGUAAGCCCCUUAUUAACUCGCUCUCCAAUGCAAUGUGUAGCAGGUUUUAUGACCAAUCCAGUUGUUGGGAAUAUAUUUGACUGUGAUCACUCAACAGAAAUAAUGUACAGUGACGUGUUUGAAAAAAAUGCAACUGUGGUAUUCAGGCCUGUAGAAAACUUCUAUUCUUUACUGGUUUUUUUUUUCAUGUCUUAUUUCAGGAUACGUAACGUAGCACUUAAUGAGUAUGUCACAGUAAAUGUAGGGUACAGAUUUUAAUGUUAUGCUGUAAACAUGGAGUGAUUUUUCAUUGAGCAUCUAAAAAGCACAAUCAGUUGCCAUUUGAAAUAAAGUAAUACACCUAGCCAAUCAUUGGUGACCCAA